AAUCCUGGCUGUGACCUUGCUGAUUGUAGUACUUUUAGAUCCUCCCCAUACCUGAUUUCCAUUGAAAACUGACUAAGACUAGUACUACUUCCUCAAGCCGCCCCGUUGCCAAACCGCCUAAUGUAUCAGGAGCUGCCAUGAUUUACUUUCCUGUAGCGCUGCUGUGCUUGCCCUAUGCGGUUCUACAAACCCUUCAUGUGGCAAGCCCACUGCUUGAUUGGUUUUGUUAGUGACUGGAAUAUCCAAUAGCAGAAAGGAGGCAGUUUGCCGGAAGAAAACCUGAUGGAAAUCCAGUCUAGGGAUUUUCCGAGUCGGGCCAAGGCAACGCUGUAAUUCCCACUCUCAAUCGAUGCCGGUGAUACAUUUCAAGUUACGUCAUUCGAAUUACGCAAUAUGCAUGCCUCGGCUGGUUACGCCUUCACUUGGGCAUGACCGUACUCGAUUUUUUCAUCCUUUCCAUUAAGCCAUUAGCAUGGCAACUUUAAUGGUCCAUUACCCAUGCCAACUUUCGCUUGGAAUUAUGGAUGAGCUCCAGAAAAACUUCACAGUUUUUUUUUGGAUUAUGAUGGCCGGUGGGGCUCUUCGUUUUGUCUUGUUGAGUCUGGCCGGGUUGAAUCUAGGUCAAAGUGGACCCAAUCUGGAAAUUUUGCUGGCCAACCUCCACCAGCUGCAGCCGAUUCGAAACUGCAUCAUCUUCACCGAGUCGGAUGCAGUAAGGGAUUCCAUCCGGACCUUCCAUAAGUUUGUGCCGGUAAUAGUGGUCAAUAUUCAGGAAAGGAGAGCUGGAGAGGAUUACAACAGCACCUGGAGAAAGUCGAUUGAGACUCACCUGAGCAACUACUACAACGUUUACUUCACAUUCCUGGAAAAGUCCCAGCAGUUCGAGCGGAGCUUUUCCAAAAUAGCCUCCCUGAAUUUCUGGAAAGCCCGACAGAGGAACGUGUUUGUUGGCAACUUCACUUUGGAUCAAGUGGAGGUGUACUCAGAGCGGGCAUUUAGGAACAAUUGGGCCACCAAUUUGGUGUUCACCAACUCCAGUUUUGCCAGUUUGAGCAGAUACGAUCAUUUUGGAAAGGUGCUUCGCACCCAAAAGAGCGCUGAUUUGAUUUUUCUGGACACUGCGUCUGAUUUUCAUGGGAACAGGUUUGAGGCGGCCAUGUUUCCCUCACUUCUAGCCAGAUGGAAUGGGCAUCGCUAUGAGGGAAGAGACGGCAGUUUGCUGCUGGAACUCACCAAACAGCUGAACGCUACUGUGAAGUACCGGCAUUUUCCUGCAGGCGACUAUGGGGAUAUUUACCCCAAUGGCACCUGCACUGGGACGUUCAAAGAGGUGUUGGAAGGCCGCUCUCAUGCCUCCUUUAAUGGCAGAUUUAUGGCUAGGGAAUAUUUACGGAUUGUGGACUACACAUACCCGCAUGACAUCCACAGCCUAGUGGUGAUGCUGCCCGUGCGCUCCAAAGCAGAGGGGAACCUUCUGAGGGUGCUUCCUCUUCUCCCUCACGCGCUGGGCGCCGCCCUCCUGGUCCUGUUCGACGUCUACCUCAAGUUCUUCAGCCACACGCCCCUAGGCAAAAUCCUCCUUGUCAACACUCAGCUACUGGCCAAUUUACCGGUUUAUCCACUGCCCGUCAAGUACUACCGGAUGUUGCUGAUGGCGCUGACUGUCUACUACUUCUACCUGAUUGCUGAUCUGCAGGCAAAGCUGACUAGCGUGCUUACAGCGAAGGAGAGCGAACCCGAGCUGACUCGCAUCAGUGAAGCCGCCAGUCUGGCCUACCGGUUUAGUACUGAGGAUAUUUUCCGGAUCACCUUGGAGAGGUUUGAGGGCGCCGACCAGGAGUACGUGAGCGAAAUCCUGGGGAAGAACUCCUUCUAUCCCACCCAGGAGUUUGCCAGGAGAAUGAGCAAGUGCGUGAAGGAUGAGGCAUUUUUGACGGUGGAAAAGCUGGCUGCCGCCUAUACUCAAUUGACUGUAGAUGAGCAGGGCUACCAAAAGAAGUGCUACUAUAAGGUGGCCCAGCAGCUGAACCCCGCCCAAUUGACGUUCGUUUUCCGAUAUGGAACGCCCAUUUUGGGGAAAGUGAAUCGGGUGAUUCUCAGCAGCAUUGAGGCGGGGUUGAUGGAGUUCUGGCAAAGGAGCAGGAGGAAUGUGUUGAGGUACGCCACUGCCCGCUCGCCCACCCAAAUCACUUUCGGUAAUUUCCAGCUUUUGGCCAGAGGCAUCUGGCUGUCUUGGAUAGCGACUUUUGCUGUUUUUCUCGUCGAACUUUUCCUAGGGAGGUUGCACGGAGGACAACCACAGAGGGCGUAGUUUGCACAGCUACUAUUCAGUGACUAUACUAAUUUUCAGACAAAAUUCCCUAAAAUUUUGUAGAUUCGAUUACGAAAAAACAGCUUUGCUGGCCCUGAUGGUUACACAGUCCAGUGUGUAACUUAACAAGCAUUUUUGAGUUGUUUUCCUUGUCCUGCACAUAUGUUUUUGACUGCACUGGUUUGCAAUCUCCAAGUCAAUAUGAACAAUUCAGCUCUACUCAACUAAACGAUGUCGGACUUUGAAAUUUCACUUGAUCAUUCUAUGUAGUCAGUGACUUUAAAAAAUUGUCAAAAAUCUGCCAUUGGGCGGAGCUUCAUAAAACUUCCUCAUCUCAUCGGCAAGAUCCAUCUCCAGCUUCAGCGAAAAUUUCCAAAAGUUUUUCAACAAAGGCUUGCAAGCCGGCCGAAAUCUUUGCUCCUGAGACGGUCCGCACAUUUAGUCAGUGCACGAGAGGUUUACUGAAUAUUUGCACUUUCACGCCUUCUGUAUAAUUCCAUUUGAUCAACAAAGCGUAUUGAUCAAACUGGAAGAUAAUGCAGGUAGGUAUUUAUCUGGAAUCUUAAAUUGCGAUUUAAUAAAAAUGUUUAAAACUUU